AUUGGACAUGGGUAAGAGGUUGGUACACCAUAGGGACCACAAAGGAAUCAGUGCGACGGCAGCCAUCAAGUCACCAUGGCUAAAAUUGUGUUCAAAAUCAAUGGGGAACCGUUUGAAGCGGAUGGAAGAUUCAGUCCCGAUGUAUCCCUGAACGAGUACAUUCGGACUGUAGCAGAGCUACGUGGCACCAAGGCGAUGUGUCACGAGGGAGGGUGUGGCGCCUGCAUCGUCGCCGUACGCGCAGCCCUACCUCCCACCAACGAAGUCAAGACCUUUUCUGUUAAUUCUUGCUUAGUAUCCGUAUUAUCCUGCCACGGUUGGGAGAUAAUCACGGUUGAAGGCAUUGGAAGUAAGAUGACCAGCUACCACGACAUACAAAGCAGAUUAGCAAAAUUUAAUGGCACCCAAUGUGGCUACUGCACUCCUGGAUGGGUUAUGAACAUGUUCAGUAUUUACGAAACAAAAAAGAACAACUUAACAAUGGAAGAAGUUGAAAAUUCGUUUGCAAGUAACAUCUGCAGAUGUACAGGCUACAGACCUAUUGCAGAUGCUUUCAAAACAUUCGCGAACAAUGCUAGCGAAGAUCUAAUCAACAAACUAGUUGAUUUAGAAGAUCUAUCUACAGUAAAAUGUAAAGAACAGAAAUGUUACCAAAAUUGUCCAAAGAAAAAUGAGAUCAAAACUGAUGAUGCUAAGAAAGAUGAAGAAUGGUGUGUCAUUGAGAAGAGUAGCAACAAAAUGAUAGUUGUAGAUUGUGGCAUAACUAAAUGGUACAAAACUUAUUUAUUGGAUGACGUCUUCAAAGUUAUUAGUAAGAGUAACAAUUAUAAACUGAUUGCUGGAAACACUGGACAAGGAGUUUACCACGUAACAGAUUAUCCUCCAAUCUUAAUAGAUAUUUUCAAUGUUGUGGAACUAAAAGGCCAUACAUUGGACGUUAACCUAAUCAUUGGAGCAGGGAUGCCAUUGACAGAGAUGAUGGAACUCUUCCUUCAAAUAUCACAAACUAAUGAAGAUUUCAGUUAUUUGAAAGUUUUGUAUGAUCAUAUGGAUCUUGUUGCUCAUAUACCGGUUAGGAAUAUUGGCACAAUCGGUGGUAAUUUAUACUUGAAAUAUCUCAACAAUGAAUUUCAAUCUGACUUAUUUUUACUUUUUGAAACUGUCGGAGCGAUGAUCACUAUCGCUGAAAGCGUAAGCGCUACGAAAGUGAUGACAUUCAAGAAUUUUUUGAAAGCUGAUAUGAAACGGAAAAUAAUUGUUAACGUAAUGUUGCCACCUCUCUCUACGAAUACUAAGUUAAAAACGUACAAGAUAAUGCCUCGGUCUCAGAACGCUCAUGCUGUUGUUAAUGCUGGAUUUUUAUUUAAAUUCAGAACCAAUUCGAAAUUGUUGGAGAGUGCGACCGUCGUAUAUGGUAGCAUAUCUCCUAAAUUCAUUCACGCUACAAAAACUGAAGCUUUGUUAGUUGGGAAAAAUCCGUUUAAGAAUGAAAUUUUGCAAUUAGCUUUGAAAACUUUGAGCAUGGAGAUAUUUCCUGAGGAGGCACCACCAGAACCUUCAGCUGCUUAUAGGAAGAUGUUGGCUUUGGCUUUGUAUUAUAAGGCCAUUUUAUAUCUAUGUCCAGACGACAAAGUCGAUCCUAGACUAAAAUCAGGUGGCGAAGCUAUAAAGAGACACACAUCUCAUGGGACUCAAGUAUUCGAUACAGAUAAAAGUGUUUGGCCUCUGAACCAGCCGAUAUCAAAACUGGAAGGAUUGGUACAAUGUAGCGGCGAGGCCACAUUUGCUAAUGAUCUGCCAAAACAACCUAACGAGGUGUUCGCAGCAUUCGUUACUGCUGAUGCCCGACCAGGAAGUGUCAUUAGUGAUUUUGAUACGACAGAGGCUUUUAAAAUUCCAGGUGUAAUAGCUUUCUACUCGGCUAAGGAUAUACCCGGCAAGAACACAUUCACACCAACAAACUGUCUCAUACUGACCGAGGAUGAAGAAAUCCUUUGCUCAAAGCAAGUCAAAUUCUACGGAGACCCAGUAGGAAUUAUAGUUGCUGAUAGAGAAAAAACAGCGAAUAAGGCUGCGAAACUUGUUAAAAUUAAAUAUAAAUCUGUCAGCAAAAGCAAACCGUUAAUAAAAAUUGAUGACGUAUUGAAAUCUCCUGAGAAAGACAAAAGGGUUACUAACAAUAGGACUGUAGAACCAGAAGAAGUUGGUAAAGAUGUGAAAUAUGUGAUAAACGGUGAAUAUAAGGUGGAGUCUCAAUACCAUUACUACAUGGAACCACAGACAUGCGUUGUUCGUCAUACAGAAGAUGGACUCGAAGUCACCUCUUCCACUCAAUGGCUUGAUUUGGCUAAUGUAGCUAUUUCGCAAUGCUUAAAUAUACCAGCAAACAGCAUACAAGUUGUAGUAAGACGAGUGGGUGGAGGCUACGGAGGUAAAAUAACACGUUCAUGUCAAGUAGCAUGCGCCGCUGCUCUAGUUGCUCAUUUACAAGGGAAAUCUUGCAGAUUUAUCUUACCUUUAGAAACUUCAAUGAGUGUUAUCGGGAAACGACUGCCCACAAACUCAAACUUUGAGGUUGGAGUGGACCAAAAUGGUGUAAUUCAAUAUCUCAAAAACGUAUUCUACCAAGACAAUGGGUGCUCUGCGAAUGAGACUAUCAGCCCUAUAACAGUGACUCAUUUCUUUAACUGCUACGACCGAAAGAGAUGGUACGUCGAAGGUAAUAGUGUGGCAACUGAUACACCAUCUAAUACAUGGUGUAGAGCUCCAUCUUCAACAGAAGGUUUAGCAAUGAUUGAAUACAUAAUGGAAUACAUAGCUCACAAGACAGGCAAAGACGCAUUAGAAGUUAAAUUAGCCAAUAUGGUAAAAGAAGACAAUCCGAUACCAGACCUUAUAGACCAUUUAAAGAAAGAUUCAAAUUACAAUGAAAGGUUAGAAGAAGUGAAACAAUUCAAUAUGAACAAUCGAUGGAGAAAACGGGCUUUAAAAAUAAUGCCGAUGACUUAUGACUUGUUUUACAUUGGACCUUACAAUUCACUAGUAUCUGUGUAUCACGCUGAUGGCUCUGUUGUGAUAACUCAUGGUGGUGUCGAAAUGGGUCAAGGUAUGAACACUAAAGUUGUUCAAGUCUGUGCCUAUACACUUGGUAUACCUAUAGAGAAGAUCAGUAUUAAACCUACUUCCAGUUUCACAUCACCUAAUGCCAUGGCCACAGGAGCAAGCGUUGGUAGUGAAUGCGUCUCAUUUGCCACUAUGAAAGCGUGUGAACAACUAUUAGAUAGACUAGCUCCCAUAAAAGAAAAAAUGGAUAAGCCAACAUGGGAAGAACUUAUACAAGAAGCUUAUGCCAAAGGAAUUGACUUACAAGCUUCGUACAUGUAUUCAAGUAAUGAUAAUUUAAAGCCUUAUGAUAUUUAUGGAGUCUGUGCUCUUGAAGUAGAAGUUGAUAUUUUGACUGGUAACCACGAUGUUAGGAGAGUUGAUUUGCUAGAAGAUACUGGAAGAAGUUUGAAUCCAACUAUAGAUGUUGCUCAGAUCGAAGGAGCAUUCGUGAUGGGUCUUGGUUACUGGACUUCCGAAAAACUCGUUUAUGAUUCUGAAAGUGGGAAACUGCUCACGGAUCGUACAUGGACGUACAAACCUCCAGGAAUCAAGGACAUACCAGCUGACUUCAGGGUUUAUUUCCGAAGGAAUUCUAGAAAUCCGUAUGGCGUGUUACAAUCUAAAGCCACUGGAGAACCAGCAUUUUGUCUUGCUUCAGUAUUGACUCAUGCUUUGAGAGAAGCCGUAAGAGCAGCUCGUUUGGAAGCUGGGCAUGAUGACGAAUGGUUUGACAUACCAAAUCCAUGCACAGUGGAGAAUAUCUUCAUGACUGUUGGACAUAAAAUAGAUCACUUUAUCCUUAAAAGCAGUAUGCUGCUUCCCAAGGAGCUGAAGUAUGCGGCCAUUGCAGGCGGGGUGGCGUUAUUUGGUCUCCUCUUCGGAUGGGUGCUGUUUCCUACCAUUCUGAACAGCCAGCUGAAGAAGGAAAUGGCCCUAUCGAAGAAGACGGACGUGCGUGGGAUGUGGGAGAAGAUUCCUUUUCCCCUAGACUUCAAAGUGUACAUAUUCAACUACACCAAUGCUGAGGAAGUAGCGAAGGGAGCUGCACCAAUUCUUAAGGAAAUUGGACCUUACCAUUUUGAUGAAUGGAAAGAAAAAGUAGAAGUGGAGGAUCAUGAGGAAGAUGAUACAAUUACUUACAAGAAACGAGACGUGUUCUACUUCAACCCUGAGCUGUCGGCUCCGGGACUGACAGGAGAAGAAACUGUGGUGAUACCUCAUGUCUUUAUGCUGGGCAUGGCAUUGACAGUCCACAGGGAAAAGCCAGCUAUGCUGAAUAUGGUUGGCAAAGCGAUGAACGGGAUCUUUGAUGAUCCUCCAGACAUAUUCUUGAGGGUCAAAGCCAUGGACAUCCUGUUCCGAGGAGUGAUGAUCAAUUGUGCGAGAACUGAAUUCGCUCCAAAAGCCACUUGCACCGCACUGAAGAAGGAGGCUGUCAGCGGACUUGUUUUGGAACCUAAUAACCAGUUUCGGUUCUCUAUAUUUGGGACGCGAAAUAACUCAAUAGAUCCUCACGUGAUAACAGUCAGACGAGGUAUGAAGAAUGUGAUGGAUGUCGGUCAAGUGAUUGCAGUGGAUGGCAAGACAGAACAGACCGUUUGGAAGGACACUUGCAAUCAGUACCAGGGCACUGACGGGACUAUCUUCCCCCCAUUCUUGACUGAAAAUGACCGCCUUGAAUCUUUCUCUACUGACUUGUGCAGGACUUUCAAGCCAUGGUUUCAAAAGAAGACUUCCUAUAGGGGCAUAAAGACCAACCGCUAUGUAGCCAACAUUGGGAACUUGGCUGAGGAUCCGGAUCUCAAGUGCUUCUGCCCAGAGCCUGACAAGUGUCCACCCAAAGGCCUGAUGGACCUGUCUCCCUGUAUCAAGGCCCCUAUGUACGCCUCUAUGCCCCAUUUCCUGGACAGUGAUCCGGCUUUGCUGAGUAAGGUCAAAGGUCUCAAUCCUGAUGUGAACGCGCAUGGAAUUGAGAUUGAUUUUGAGCCGAUAUCAGGCACACCGCUGGUAGCAAGACAAAGGCUCCAAUUUAAUAUCCAGCUGUUGAAAACUGACAAAUUGGACCUUUGCAAGGAUCUUUCUGGAGAUAUCGUACCUUUGUUCUGGGUUGAAGAGGGUUUAGCCUUAAACAAGUCAUUUGUCAACAUGCUGAAGCAUCAGCUCUUCAUACCGAAGAGAGUGGUGGGAGUGCUGCGCUGGUGGAUGGUGUCCUUCGGCAGCCUCGGAGCACUCAUUGGAGUGGUGUUCCACUUCAGAGACCACAUAAUGCGUCUCGCCGUUUCUGGAGACUCGAAGGUGUCGAAGGUGACACCUGAAGAAGUUGAGGAGCAGAAGGACAUCAGUGUGAUCGGGCCAGCACAGGAACCAGCCAAGAUCAACAUAUAAUCGACUUUCAGACGACUCUUCACAUUAGCUGUAGUAUGGAGUCGUCGAUACGGGCUGGUGAACAGAGGAAUAUGGGCCCAAACUUUUAGGUUCCUUAUUAGACGUAGAAGAAAUUAGAUGCUAAUGUAGUGAAUUGUAGAUGUAAUGUAAUUUUUAAGAUAUAUACAGGGGUUAGUGGAAAUUCUCUUCAUUUUGAUCUCAAUGAAAUCUCGACUUCAGAGGAAGGUUUUUAAAGUCUAAUAAUCAUUGAUGUUUUUAAAGUGCAACAAGACGAACG